AUGGCGCCGGCGCGACAACAACCGCCCCCGCCGUUCGCAAAGGACGAAAAGGUCCUCUGCUUCCACAUGGACAUGCUCUACGAGGCCAAGAUCAUGGACGUGCAGCCGGCGGAGAAGCCCAACGAGGGCUACCGCUACAAGGUGCACUACAAGGGCUGGAAGAACACCUGGGACGACUGGGUGCUCGUCGACCGGAUCCGCCCCUUUGACGACGAGCACAAGGAGCUGGCCGCCCAGCUGCACGCGCAGCUCAAGAACAGCAUGCAGAAGACGUCCAAGAUGCCCAAGAAGAUUGUCAAGAACGGCGGCGAGUCGGCGCGCGGCAGCGAGGAGCGCGGGUCCGCCGUCACCCAGGGAGGACGGGGCGGACGGAGAGGCAAGGACUGGGAGCUGGAGCAGGAGGACGCAUUCCACAGCAAGCCGAUGAUCAACAUCUCGGUGCCUGAUCACAUACAGGCGAUGCUCGUAGACGACUGGGAGAACAUUACGAAGAACAACCAGCUCGUCCCCUUACCGCAUGCAAAACCAGUUUCCAAAAUCUUCGAGGACUAUCUUGCUGUUGAGCGGCCACGCAGAGAAGAAGGGUCGUCCAGUAUGGAUAUCCUGGAGGAGGUCAUUGCCGGGUUUCGGGAGUAUUUCGAGAAGGCCCUGAGUAGGAUACUGCUCUAUAGAUUUGAGCGCCAUCAGUACAUGGAUCUGCGGAAACUCUGGGACAACGCCGACGAGAACGCGCAGUACAAGAGCGUCUGCGAUGUCUACGGCGCAGAGCAUCUCGCUCGCCUCAUUGUUUCCCUGCCCGAACUUCUCGCACAGACAAACAUGGACCAGCAGUCCGUAUCCCGUCUCCGAGAAGAAAUCGGAAAGUUCACCUCCUGGCUGGGCCGCAACUGCGAAACGUACUUUGUCAACGAGUACGAGACACCCUCCCAGGAGUACAUUGACAAGGCCCGAAGCUUUUAG